UAAAACUAUGUCUGCCAACGACCUACUAGUGCUAGAAAAUCCUGUCUAUCGUCUAUUUUUGGGACAUUGCGCGUUAGUUCUUCUCAAGACAUGCGCUAUGAGUCUGAUCACAGUGGCAGCGUUUUAUAUGUUCGAUAAAAACACAAAACAGAAAACGAAGGACGACGAUUCUAAAGAUGUAAAGAAAAACAAACCAAGCACAGAGAACGUCGAUAGAGUUCGAAGAUGUCACAGAAACGACCUUGAGAACGUGAUCCCCUUUGUCCUACUUGGCCUCCUCUACGUGGCCACCGGCCCCGCCUACGAGACGGCCAGAAUCCACUUCCGUAUUUUCACCAUCAGCCGGUUCUUCCACACGGUGUUCUACAUCUUCGCCAUCCCCCAGCCCAGUCGGGCUAUGGUGUUUUUUGCCGGUCUCGGCAUCAACAUUUCUAUGGCCUAUAGGAUCUUAACGCAGGCCUUGUUUUAAUGAAAAGACUUGGUUUAAAAACAUAUUUUUAAAUGGU